AAGUUAUAAAAGAGGACAGAACUAAAGUUGAGGACGAGCAACCCGAAGAAGAAAAGCCGAGAGUACCCCAGAUGCCCGAGGAUCCAGAGAAGAGGGGACAGAGUGCCAGUGAUGAGAAAACUGGGGACGCCACUGCGGAGGAGUUAGCAAAAAGAAGCAUACAGCUGGCCGGUGCGGGGAACCGUCUGGCCGCCUCGGGAAAGUACCAGAUGGCAGUGAAGUUCUUCACCGGCGCCAUCCAAUACAACCCAAAGGAAUUCAAGUUGUUUGGGAACCGGUCGCUCUGCUACGAGCGCCUGCAGCAGUUCGAAAACGCGCUCAGGGACGCCGACCUGGCGCUCUCCAUGGAGCCCAACUGGAUAAAGGGUCUGUUCCGGAAAGGGAAGGCCCUGUGUGGACUCAAGAGGUACUACGAGGCCUCGCUGAUCUACAGGGAGGUGCUGAGGCUGGACAGCGCCAGCGCCGAGGCGGCGCAGGAGCUGAAACGAGCGCAGACGCUGCACCUCAUGGAGAUGGGGUUCUCCUGGGCACAGUGCACGGAGGCCUUAAAAACCCACGGCACGCUGGAGGAGGCUGUGGAGGCUCUGUUUGUUAUUGACGACGGCUCGGGGGCCGGAGUAGGCGCCGCCACCUGGGAUGGAGUCGAGCAGCCGCUGGAGCGGGAGGAUGGGGAAGACGAGAGAGACUGGGUCGUCCGACAAAUGAGCCGCUCCCGAGCGCAUCAGGUCAGGAUGGAGGGCGCGUCGGGCCAAAGCAGAGCCAGUUCUCAUUCACCCACCCCUCUCUCCAUGAGGCCACCCAAGCCGGAACUCUUCCCUGUGUGGGUGGGGACACUGGACCCCACCAUGACCUACGUCAAACUCCACGAGCUCUUCAGCAGGGCCGGGACGGUCUACAGCAUCAAGAUGCUGCUGGAGCAACAGAGUGCGUUCGUCAACUACAGCAGGAACGAGGACCGUGAGAGAGCCAUCCAGUGCCUCAAUGGAAUGAUGGUGGACGGGGCGCCCCUCACCGUGCGGUUUCCAUUUAAAGUCCACGCUGGACUCAGUGCGUACAAGAAGGAGUGCUUUUUCUGGAGGACGACCGGCUGCAUGAGGGACGACUGCACUUUCAGACACAUCCCAGAACACAAGAACAUCGAUAGGGAAAAGUUCACCAGUCGACUGGGAUACGGCGCACAAGCGGGGACUCAUGGC